AUGGUUGAAUCAAACGAAAACCGUGUGUCCGAGAGUUUGCCAAAUGUAUCAAGUUCCACUCAGGCUCCUGCAAAGCAAUCAGUCCGGUCCUUCAAGAAGAAAUAUGCCAAGCUGAAAGUCAGGUUCGAGCUAGGGACUCGAGCGAAUGAGAAUUUGAUCCGGGAAGAAUUGCGCAUAGAGGACCUGUCCAAGCGCAUUCAGGAGCAAAAUGAUCAACUGCUGGAAGUUCUCCUCGAGUUCAAUGAAAGCCUUCACGUUUCUCCCGAUGUGCGUUUUGAUCUGAGCAUGCCAACCGAUCCUCCCUUGCUACCAACACCCGAGCAGGAAAUUGUACCUUUGAUCAACGAUGCAACACUAGCAAAACAAGCGUGGAAAGAAGCCAAGGCUGGCUUAGCUGCUGGUAGCAUUGAUACAAAUGCUUACCGUAUGAUUGAGGAUAAUAUCAAACGAAACAAGGCGUUUGCACCCGCCCAGCAGUACAGCUCCCUGUCGCGGACACAUCACAUCAGUCCUGACACCAUUGAAAAGAAGCUUGACAAUGACUGUGAACGCAAACUCGGAUACUUUACACCUGAGCACGAGACUGAAUAUUACCUCGCCUUGGACGCCAAGCUAGGCGAUGAGGCGGCUGCUACGCAACUCGCACGCAUACCAGAUCGUCCAACGUUUGCAGAGCGUGAGCGUGAUCUUUCUAUGCGGAAUCCCGCAUCUGUGUACAAUUGGCUGCGUCGCAACCAACCCCAGACUCUCCAGGAUAAUGAGAUUGCUUCUGAAAAGUCUGCAUCACGCCCUUCCAAUCAGCGAUCUUCCAAGCGAGCGCCCGCCCAGCGCAAAGAUGAGGAUAUGUAUGAUGAGGAUGGGACAGAGGCCCAUCCUACUCCCAAGAACAAGCGCAAGCGGGAAGAGGACACUGGUUACAGACCUAAGGGUGGUAGCAGCCGGUCAAAAAAGAAGAAGGAAGAGCCUACUUCCAACCCAAGCAAAAUGGCCAAAAAGCCUUGA